UUUUGACGUGUAUGUGCAGUCCAGCGCAUUUCUGUGAUAUAUGCUGGGUCCUGGUCGACGUCGUCGUGUUAAUCACUAUCCUCCUCGGCAACAUCCUAACGAUCUUGGCAGUGAGACUGAGCCGACGACUACGGAGCGUUACUUCCAACCAUCUCAUACUCAGCUUGGCGAUCUCAGAUUUCAUAGUCGGGCUGGCGGUGCUCUACCAUCUCUUCUUCUUCCUAAGUAGCAGUCUCAACAAUAACAAGGCCACGUGUCUUAUGAGGUUUGUGUUUCUAUCAUGUGGAUGUUGUGCGAGCUUUUGCAAUGUGACAGCCAUUGCAAUCGAUCGAUACUUUGCAAUUGUCCAUCCACUUAAAUAUCCGGAACACGUCACGAAGAAGCUUGUUUUCAUCAUAAUAAGCGUUAAUUGGUGUUCAGCGAUCUUCAUCUCGACAAUUCCCACCUACUGGAACAAAUAUGACAAAUCGAACAGCUGCGAACUCGACACUGUCAUACCCAGGUAUUAUACGGUUGCAAUUUUGACACCUCUGUUUCUUAUGGUGUGGCUCAGUAUUCUUCUAUUGUAUUUGAGAAUUUGGAAGGAGGCAAACACUCAUGCUAAAAGAUGGAAGACGAAUGGCUUUAUCGAUUUCGAUUCAAGUCACUGGAAAAGUAUUCAGGUGGUCCUAUUGAUCUUGGGAUGCUUCUCAAUUUGCUGGCUGCCGUACGUUGUGGUAGCAUUCAUUCAAGUUAUAAAUGCGCGUAGCAAGCCAAGCCCUACGGUUUAUCGGGUGAUGUUUUCGAUCGCGAUGUGCAAUAGCGGGGCGAACCCUAUAAUUUACGCGUGGAAGAAUCCAAGCUUCCGCAAAGCCUUUCAUCGGCUGCUGCAUCUCCGUACCCCUGAUCACAACAACUACAACUCGAGUUUCAAGAAUUAUCUACGUAAACAGAACGAGCUCGAACUCGAGGCCAAGAAGGAGUUCGGGCCGGCCUUUAUUGUAAAGCCGAACGCCUGCGGAGAAUCAGGGCAGGUAACGACCUUGUAAAUUAUUUUCACGGAUCAUUUGUCGAGAUUAAUGUUACGCAUGUAGUAGAUGAAGCUCCUGGGAUGCUCCAAGAAUCUUAUUCAACUUCUGUAUUCCUAUAAUGUGUUUUUAUUUGUUUCAAUUAAUGUAGAUUAGUUAUUGAUCUUUAUUUGUAUACA